UCGCCAGCACUAAAGAUGGAGAGGCGCCGGGGCCUCGCAGGGGAGGGGGCUCGGCGUUGACGUGGGACGCGGCGGAGGCGCCGCAGCCGGUGGUGAUUUGCUAACCUAGCGGCAGAGAGGAGUUAAGGGUGAUGAGAGCGGGUACUGCGAACUGCCGGGCGAUGCCGCCGCUGCCGCCGUGAGAUCCGGAGCAACAGUUCCCCAGCAACACCCCUUCCCCGAUCCAGGCACACCCCUCACCCCCCCAGGCACGCACACCCACCCCAAGCUCCAGGCUCGUCAAGCGACCCCUCCACUAGCCUUGGAAGCCUACCCUGCCACACCGCGUAGAGCAAAGAAGGAAAGAGAGCCCCAUGCCUGAGCCAAGGGGAGCACUAUGGAUCUGACAAAGAUGGGUAUGAUCCAGCUGCAGAACCCUAGCCACCCUACGGGGCUGCUGUGCAAGGCCAACCAGAUGCGACUGGCCGGAACUUUGUGCGAUGUGGUCAUCAUGGUGGACAGCCAGGAGUUCCAUGCCCACCGGACAGUGCUGGCCUGCACCAGCAAGAUGUUUGAGAUUCUCUUCCACCGAAACAGCCAGCACUAUACUCUGGACUUCCUCUCCCCAAAGACCUUCCAGCAGAUUCUGGAGUAUGCCUACACGGCCACACUGCAAGCUAAGGCAGAGGACCUGGAUGACCUGCUGUAUGCAGCCGAGAUCCUGGAGAUUGAGUACCUGGAGGAGCAGUGCCUGAAGAUCCUGGAGACCAUCCAGGCAUCCGAUGACAACGACACAGAGGCCACCAUGGCGGAUGGUGGGGGCGAAGAAGAAGAGGACCGCAAGGCUCGAUACCUCAAGAACAUCUUCAUCUCGAAGCAUUCCAGCGAGGAGAGUGGGUAUGCCAGCGUGGCUGGACAGAGCCUCCCCGGGCCCAUGGUGGACCAGAGCCCUUCGGUCUCCACCUCUUUUGGACUUUCAGCCAUGAGUCCUACCAAGGCAGCAGUGGACAGUUUGAUGACCAUAGGGCAGUCUCUCCUGCAAGGAACCCUUCAGCCCCCCACAGGGCCCGAGGAGCCCACACUGGUCGGUGGUGGGCGGCACUCCGGGGUGGCUGAGGUGAAGACGGAGAUGAUGCAGGUAGAUGACGACCCUGGCCAGGACAGCCCUGGGGCAGCAGAGUCCAGCAUCUCAGGAGGGAUGGGGGACAAGCUUGAAGAAAGGAGCAAAGAGGGGCCUGGCACUCCCACUCGAAGCAGUGUCAUCACCAGUGCCAGGGAGCUUCAUUAUGGGCGAGAAGAGAGUGGUGAGCAGCUGUCACCUCCCGUUGAAGCUGGUCAGGGACCUCCUGGGCGACAGGAGCUCCUGGUACCCCCAGUGGAGAAGCAUUUGGGCAUAUACUCAGUGUUGCCCAACCACAAGGCCGAUGCUGUGUUAAGCAUGCCGUCUUCAGUGACCUCUGGUCUCCAUGUGCAACCUGCCCUGGCCGUCUCCAUGGACUUCAGCACCUAUGGGGGCCUGCUACCUCAGGGCUUCAUCCAGAGGGAGCUGUUCAGCAAGCUGGGUGAGCUGGCUGUGGGCAUGAAAGCCGAGAGCCGUCCUCUGGGGGAGCAGUGCAGCGUGUGUGGGGUCGAGCUUCCGGACAACGAGGCCGUAGAGCAGCACAGGAAGCUGCACAGCGGGAUGAAGACUUACGGGUGUGAGCUCUGUGGAAAACGGUUCCUGGAUAGUUUGCGACUGAGGAUGCAUUUACUGGCUCAUUCAGCGGGUGCCAAAGCCUUUGUGUGUGAUCAGUGCGGUGCCCAGUUCUCGAAGGAGGAUGCUCUGGAGACACACAGACAGACCCAUACUGGCACGGACAUGGCUGUCUUCUGUCUACUGUGUGGGAAGCGCUUCCAGGCACAGAGCGCACUCCAACAGCACAUGGAGGUCCACGCAGGCGUGCGUAGCUAUAUUUGCAGUGAGUGCAACCGCACCUUCCCCAGCCACACUGCUCUCAAACGCCACCUUCGCUCACACACAGGUGACCACCCGUACGAGUGUGAGUUCUGUGGCAGCUGCUUCCGGGAUGAGAGCACACUCAAGAACCACAAGCGCAUCCACACGGGGGAGAAGCCCUACGAGUGCAACGGCUGCGGCAAGAAGUUCAGCCUCAAGCACCAGCUGGAGACGCACUACAGGGUUCACACGGGUGAGAAGCCCUUCGAGUGCAAACUCUGCCACCAGCGCUCCCGAGACUACUCGGCCAUGAUCAAGCACCUGAGAACGCACAAUGGAGCCUCUCCCUACCAGUGCACCAUCUGCACGGAGUACUGCCCCAGCCUCUCCUCCAUGCAGAAGCACAUGAAGGGCCACAAGCCAGAGGAGAUCCCGCCUGACUGGAGGAUAGAGAAGACGUACCUCUACCUGUGUUAUGUGUGAAGGGGGGACACCCCCACACACACACGGUAGAGCAGCGGUGGGAGCCUGCAAACCCAAGCUGGAGUGAGAUAAAGUGGGAAGACUGCGGGGGGGAAAAAAGAAAAGGGAAAUAGGAAAGAAAAGAGAGAGAGAGAAGGAGAAGGAAACUUGGUAGUUACUUGGCCUUGGAGUCCUUCUGGGGCUCCGGAUGAUGUGGCUGUCAUACCACUGCCCCUUCCCUGGGGUCUCUGCCCUCCUUGGUUCUCUUGGGUGGGUGGGGUGGUUUGGCUCAUUUACACAGUGGCAUAUUUUUCUCCUCUCCACAACCUAGACCUUCCUUUUGUGUACAGAAAUGGAGACCAGGAAGGAGCAAGUGUGGGAUCCUCUGGUCAGAGCCAUCGCCUCUGCCCUCACUCCUUGCUUCCCCUCCUCUGAAGAGGGUGGGAGGGGAGCAGAGAGGGCAGCUGUAGGGGUGAGGGGUGGUGUCUCUGGCAGCUUGACUGGGAAGAGAAAAGCUUUCUGCUCUGCCAGCCAUACCUGGUACCCCUCGUGGUCUCCCAGAGCCUGUGGCUCCUCUUACCCUUACACCUGCUUGAUGGCUGUCCUCUGUUCACAAAGGGCUCACACCCUGUGUGGAUCCGGGCUGUAGCUUCCUUAGGUCCCUCCUGGGAAAAGCUGUGUCAGAUUCCAAAACCCCUUCCUUCCUUCCUUCCUUCCUUCCUUCCUUCCUUCCUUCCUUCCUUCCUUCCUUCCUUCCUUCCUUCCUUCCCUUAGCUUUCAGAGAACACAGAACAAAAUAAAGCCUGCACUGUACCCUAGCCAAACCCCCUCAUGAGCAAGAUUCCUGCUGUUCUGCUUUCUACUUGCAAGAAGGGAAAGAAAACAAAAACCAACUAAAUAUAUUCCAUCCUGCCAAACAAGCGCACAUGGCUGCAACCCCACUUCAGCCCCUAGAGGAGGGAAGGCAGUCAUCCUAUUGAAAGGUCCCAUUGUCCAAGAGAAGGAGUGGAUCCCCUCCUGCAGGUGAGCUUUACCUGCAGGCAGGAAUGGAUGCCCUACCUGAGCAGGGUGGGAGGGCUAGCCACCGGGAAAGUUGCUACCGCACUGAGGGUCCUUUAACCUCAGAUCUGGAGAUUAGCACCAAAUCCCUGGCUCGGUCCUCUCAGCCCUCAGGGAACAGGGAGGAGGAGCUGAUGGCGCUUUGGCCUCUUGUUAUGUUUGCUUUUAGCACAUUGUACUUGAAUUACCUCAGUUUUUAUUUUUUUGUGACCUCAUGAGCUUUUCAGUGCCCUGUCUGUUUUUGCCCUUUGGUUAGAGGGGGUUAUUGGAGGAAUGGGGAAGGUGUACUUUUCUGUUCUAGCAUAAGUUAAUAGCUGGCUUUGAAUUUGACCUGGUAGAGCCCCACCCCCACCCCCACCCCCGGAAGCUGUCAGUAAAAGUGGACCACUCAGGAUCUGAAUGGAAGGCCAGGAAUGGGAAUGGAAGGGAUCGUGAUUGUGCGGGUUCUCCCUGUCCCCACAGAGUUACCUAUGAGUCACUCUUAGCACUGUCCAGGGCUCAGACCAUCAGUGCCCAACUUUAGUCUGAGAUACUCUAGAGAAAAGUCCCACUGGUCAUAGAAUUAUCUGGCUGUUGUUAGGAUCUAUACAACCACAUGGUCCCCCUGUGCUGUUAACCACUGCCAAAAUUGGUUAUAUUUUCACGACUGGUAUGCACAUGAGGGGCCGACCAGCCUGAUUUUGUUGUGCUGGGUGGGGCACUGUUUUUCUAAAAGCUACCUCUUGUGUUUGUCCAGUCUUUCGUUCCUUCUACAGCCCUGCCUCCGCCCACCCACCAGCCUCCCCACCCUGAAUUUUGGAAAGCACAUUUGCAAUAAUUCCUUCUGCUUUGGGUUGAACCUCCCUUCAUUUCAUGCUUUAUGUAUAAGAUAAUUGCUGUUUUCCUCCUCUUUUUUCUCUAAGAGAGUUGGAGCUGUGUUUUGAUCUUAGGUUUUAAAAAGUGGUUUAGGGAAGCAGUUGGCAGGGAUGAAGGCCUGUGAAGAAUUAACAGAAAGUCCGAGGGAUGGGCGCUGCUGUAACCACUUCCCCUGUCCCUCGGCCAGGCCCCCAUCCCUCCAACCUCCCUUCAAUAUCAUCCACCGUAUCUGAAGGCCUUAAAAAUUGGAUGUUGGGAGGAUGUGGGUUGGGGAUGCUUGUCUCUCCAGUGUGAACUUGUGAUGGUAAGGUAUAGAGGGUGUUACUUUGGAACUAUAGUUAGUGAUGACUUAGUGCAUUGGGAAGGUGAAAAGUUUAAACUUGAAAUAGGUUACUGGAACAGUUGUCAUGUUUAUAAUGUGAAAAGAGCAUCUUUUUAGGAAAGAGCCUGUCUGUCUUCAAAAGUCAUUAUGCACUAUGGCUCCCUCCCCCAGCUCAGGGGGGGUAAAGUGGGAACUGCUGACAUUCAGGGGCUCUGUAAAUCUCAGAAAACAGCAUUUCUAGCAGUAAGAUGUUAUUCACAACCGGUGGUGAAGGGAAGAAUAUCCAACUAUUCCAUAGAACUGGCUGGUCCCUUGCUUUCCAGCCCUUCCCACUCUGCCCCUCCUGUCCCCUCCCCCACCUGUACCCCCCCCAAUCAUAAACGUUUGAGAGGGCUGAGCAGAUCUUUGCAAACUGUAAUGUUUUCAUAGUAUUUGUUAGUUCCUUCUUUAGUUCUGCAGGAUCUUGCUCUUUCCUUUUGUAAUGUGAAUAGGAAAAAAAAGAUUUAAAAAGAAAAAAAGUUUUAAAAAAGUUCACUGCCAUCCACAGCAAAAUAUCCCUUUGUACGUAUGCACGUGUGUGCAUGAGUAUAUGUGCUUGUGUCGUGUGUGUGUGCUUGUGUCGCGCGCGCGCGCACGCGUGUGUGUGUGUGUGUGUGUGUGUGUGUGUGUGUCUGCAGGUGAAGUCAUGCUGUGCUGUCUGUGCUGCUGUCUCAGUGUUGGCUGGUACUCACUCAGCACCUACCUGCCCUGUCUGUCCCUGAGGGCUCUGAGGAUUCUAGCAGAGAUGGGACAGCUUAGAAGGGACACUUUCCUUGUUUCCCUUGCAGCCCAGACCCCAAGAUGCUCCAACAGGCCUCUCCCCCAGCUUCCCACUAACAAAGAGGAAAUGUUUUUAAAGUUGCCAGGGCCCUUUCUGCUGGCUUCGAUGGCCACCGGGCAGGUAGGGGGCUGUUGGGAGGCCUCUGGAGCACCUAGAGUUGGGGAGGCUGGAAGAGUAGUGGUACUUUCCCUCCCAGGGAAGCUGGAACUGGUUAAUUCCACUCCUCUUGGAGCCUUGUGGUUUGUCACUCCUCUGCCUUUGGCUGUGUUCUGACAGAACCCCCGAAGUGCUGCUGCCUUAUCCAGCUCUGUGACCUUCUCCCGCCUAGUAAAUCCAAGCUGCUUACUGGUCCCUCCCUCCCCUUGCCCAGCUUCUACGAAUGAAUCCCUUAGUGCUUUUGGUGACAUUGACCCUUCCCUCACGACUCCUUCCCUCCUCCUCUGCUCAUUUGAAGCAUUAAAAUCCUAUGUGUAUAUGGGAUAGACAAAUAUAUAUAUAUAUAUAGAAAGAGAGAUAUAGCAAGAGAUAUAAAAUAGAAAAAUGUCAUUGCUGCUCAGCUGCUUUACAUGAAGAAGAGGAAGGCAGAUCUGGGGUACAAGGGUGGGUCAGAAGGCUGGGGGAACCCAGUGAUUAGUACAAUCCAGGGAUGCCACACGGGCUUAUUUAAAUCUUUGUGCCUGAACAGUUUUUUCAUGUUGAGAAAAAAAAACUGCUGCGAGUUUUUACAAGUGUAUGGUACGCUUCCAGAUGCUAUGGGUGCGGCCAGGAUGAGAGGACCAGGGUCCCUUCUUAGAGGAGAGCAAGCAGGAAGCACUUUUGGUCUUGGGCCAUGGGGGGUGGGGCAGUAGAGUGGAUAGACUUUUGGCCAAUCCCCUGGCAAGCCAGACUAUGGUGGACACUGGGGACACAGACGUGUAAGACAGAUGCAUAAAAAGCUGGAGUUCUGUUGGUUUAUUUUUUCCUUCUGCUUGUUUUGUCACCCCCUUGCAUCCAGUCUCCUCUCCUGGAACUUCCGGCUUGGCUCCUGUGACUGCACUCACCUGGAGAUGCCGGAAGGAGGACUGACAGCAGAACUAAUGGGUGGAGGGGGACAAGAUAUGCCCAGAAGAAGGGUGUAGGACAAAGAGAAUAGAUGUGAUCAGGGGAAAGGGUGAGGAGAAAGGAGUAAAAGCCCCAGCAAGCCUGCCGGCCAGCAGCUCUGCGUCCUCGGCUCCUGGGUGGCCCACUUUGCAGACAGGGUCCCCUCCUCCCCACAUGUAUCAUAGUAUUUGUUCACAUAGUGUUAUGCAUGAAUCCUUGUAAGGUGAAGAACCGUCAUGAUGCACCAUGCCAUCGCCCUAUAUAUAAAGAUAAAUAUAUAUAUAUAUAUGUAUGUAAGUUAUAGCACUGAGGGCCUUGUGGCCCUGCUGGACCAAGCAAAACUAAGCCUUUUGGUUUGGGUGUUAUGUUUUGUUCUUUCUUUUUUUUUUUUUUUUUUGCUUGUCUGAUGUUGUGAGAGCACAAGUGCCAGUCCAAUUGCUUUGUAUCACAGAAUAGUGUUUUUUAAUUCAUCAAUGUUCUAGUUAAUGUCUACCUCAGCACCUCCUCUUAGCCUAAUUCUAGGAGGUUGCCCAAUUUUGUUUCUUCAAUUUUAUUGGUUCUUUUUGUUGUUGUACAAAUCAAUCUCCCCACCCUUGUCUCUUUCUCCUUCCUCUCCUCUCUCCCCUCACCCACCCUCUGCUUCCCUCAGAUCCCCCUCCCCCUGUCAGCCCCAUCUCUCCCUUCCCUCACCUCACUUCCCUCCAGCCCAGAUUGCCAGUUCUUUCUGUCCACUCGGAGUACGCCCCCAAUUGCCGCUUCUCCACACCUGCCUUCGUUCCGUGUAGAUUGAUGCGUUUCUUUGUAACUUCAGUGUUUCUGACAAGAUUUAAAAGAAAAAAAAUAAGGAAAAAAAUGAAUUUACUGCUGCAGGUUUUUUUCUCCAUGUGUCACUAAGUGAAGUUUGUGCCUUCUAUAGCAAAGAGAAUAUUUUUUACAUCCUACUAACAGUAGAUUUUUUUGUAGUGAACAUUUUUUGUAUUUUUAUUUAUAAGUCUCAUAAGAAAAAAUAGCGAUGUUCAGUUGUAUACCUUGAAUCUGCAGUUAGAAGAGAAUAAAGUAAUUCAGUCA